GCUGGGCCGCUCUAGCCGCCGCCAUGGGCAACGCUGGCAGAGACUGAGAGAUUAUCAUCUUCAUCCUUCAGUUCUUUGGCAGGACUUUGACUUAAGCCGUGCCAGAAGAGAGUGCCUAUCCUUAAAGAACCUUGGUUUAUCUUUUCAAUAUUACGAGUUGUCUGGGAAAACAGUACUUCCUAAUGAAAUGUAGUUGUCAUUCUCUGGGCUGAUGAUUGUACAUACACAAGUACUUUGAGAUCCUUUUGUGGGAGAGCGACCAAGCAAUGAAUAGCGACUUAGUGAAAUGAAGUAGAGAUUGUAUACAGUACUUUGAAAACCUACCUAUAGAAGUCAAAUUUUUAGAAGUUAUCAAACCUUUCUGUGCAGUUCUACCAGAAAUUCAGAAACCUGAAAGGAAAAUCCAGUUUAGAGAGAAGGUACUAUGGACUGCUAUAACUCUCUUCAUCUUCUUAGUAUGUUGUCAGAUACCACUAUUUGGAAUCAUGUCAUCAGAUUCUGCAGAUCCUUUCUACUGGAUGAGAGUUAUUCUUGCAUCCAACAGAGGAACGUUAAUGGAAUUGGGUAUCUCCCCAAUUGUAACAUCUGGUUUGAUUAUGCAGUUGUUAGCUGGAGCCAAAAUCAUUGAAGUUGGAGAUACACCCAAAGAUAGAGCCCUAUUCAAUGGAGCCCAGAAACUAUUUGGUAUGAUCAUUACCAUUGGGCAAGCCAUUGUGUAUGUCAUGACGGGCAUGUAUGGGGAUCCCGCUGAAAUGGGUGCUGGAAUCUGUCUCCUUAUCAUCAUUCAGUUGUUUGUUGCUGGUUUGAUUGUGCUGCUGUUAGAUGAGCUGCUACAGAAGGGUUACGGCUUGGGGUCUGGGAUUUCCCUCUUUAUUGCCACCAACAUCUGUGAAACCAUUGUCUGGAAGGCCUUUAGUCCCACUACCAUUAACACUGGCAGAGGUACCGAGUUUGAGGGUGCAGUCAUAGCUCUCUUUCAUUUACUGGCCACCAGGACAGACAAAGUUCGAGCUCUAAGGGAAGCUUUCUAUCGUCAGAAUUUACCCAAUCUCAUGAACCUCAUUGCUACAGUUUUCGUGUUUGCUGUUGUUAUAUAUUUUCAGGGAUUUCGUGUGGACCUGCCCAUUAAGUCGGCCCGGUACCGAGGGCAGUACAGCAGCUACCCCAUCAAGCUCUUCUACACCUCCAACAUCCCCAUCAUCCUGCAGUCGGCCCUGGUGUCCAACCUGUAUGUUAUUUCCCAGAUGCUGUCAGUUCGAUUUAGUGGCAACUUUUUAGUAAAUUUACUAGGACAGUGGGCUGACGUCAGUGGGGGAGGACCUGCUCGUUCUUACCCAGUGGGGGGCCUUUGUUACUACCUUUCUCCUCCUGAGUCCAUGGGCGCCAUAUUUGAGGAUCCUGUCCAUGUGGUUGUUUAUAUCAUCUUCAUGUUGGGAUCAUGUGCAUUCUUUUCUAAGACGUGGAUAGAGGUGUCUGGUUCCUCAGCCAAAGAUGUAGCUAAACAGCUUAAAGAACAGCAAAUGGUAAUGAGGGGCCACAGGGAUACCUCUAUGGUUCACGAGCUUAAUAGGUACAUCCCCACGGCGGCUGCGUUUGGGGGCUUGUGCAUCGGCGCCCUGUCGGUGUUGGCCGACUUCCUCGGGGCCAUUGGCUCGGGCACUGGAAUUCUGCUUGCAGUCACCAUUAUUUAUCAGUAUUUUGAAAUAUUUGUUAAGGAACAGGCUGAAGUUGGCGGGAUGGGUGCUUUGUUUUUCUAAAUGUUCCAGUAUUUCUUUUUGUGUGUGUGAAAGGGAAAAUAUUUUGACUCAUUGUUUUUGUCAGAUAAUGCUGGCUCCCCUUUUCUUCUCUCACAGUUUGUUUUCAAGUGUUGACCAUCUCAUUCCUGAAAUGGGCACGGAGCUAAGCCUGUGUGCAGCAUUAGUACCAGCUGCCUUAACACUAAAGUUUACAUUAUUCAUUAAAAAACCUACAUGCAGUGUUGCCUGUGAUGCUGGAAACCAAUGUACCCGCCUUGCCAUGUUCGGUUGUGACGGUGACGUGGAUCAGUCUUGCACACAACAUUCAAGACACUCAGUAUUCCCCCCACUUGUUUAAAAAUAAAUGUAGUUCAAAUUGCCACUUUCCAGUAUUUUUGAGCUUAUUUAAUGAGUUCUGGAUCAUUUAUAUCUAAUCUAUAUUUUAGAUAUAAUUACUUUUUAUACUUUUUUAUCUCAUAGUAUCCACAUUCCCACCCUCCCCCGUUUUAUUUGUUCCUCCUCAAAGCAGCCACUUAGCCCAGAUAAGCAGAAUCAAGCUUUCAGAGUCAAAUCUGGCACCAGAAACAACUGCUUAUAAUUACUCUGCCUGUUUGUUUUCCAUUCCCCUUUCCUCCCAGGGACAGCACAGUCGGUGCUGUUUUACCGUAUUGGCUAUGCCUUCGAAUUCCAACACGUCACUUGAGAAUACUCUUCAAGAUACUAUGCCCCAAUUUUUUUUUUUUUUUAAUCCCUAAAGCAAAGAUCUAAUUCUCAAGCAAUGUCUGUAGUUCAGUGGGGGUGAACAAUGAGUAAUUCAUGCUAGGAAUCUGUGUAUGUUGUUGUACUUUAUAGCAGCAACAUGAGUGUAAACAGUAGACAAUAAAAUUUUAUUUAAUAAAACUUUUGGUUGUGUUGGAAAAAUAAAAUCUGGUAUUAAAUGA